AUUGAAAUAAACUGUUUGAAAUGAUAGUAUAUACAUAUGUAGGCGCGCACAAAAUUCUUCAAGUUAUUUACAUGCGCAGAAGAUGCUAUGUAGUAUGUACUUACAUAUAGGUUAAAGAAUUUUGUUGCCUGUAAGGUUAUUAUUACUGAUCACAUAAUCUUAUUUCUCACAAAAUCAAGUUUGUAAUUGUGGAACGUGAUAUUUUCAUCGAACAAUACAAAAUGCCAGGAACACCGAUGAAGGAAGAAAACGAUACGUUACAGAAACUACAAAUAACGGAACGCCCUCCGGUUGUAAACUGUGAGCCUGUUGUGCGAGAAAUAACACAAACCGAUAGAUUAAACAAAAAAUUAUUAGUAUCUCUCUUAGAAAGAAUGAAUAAAUCAAAUGGUGAAUUCGAUAAAUUUAUGGACAAGGAAAAUACUAGUUACGAUUCUCAAGAUGAUAAUGAAUUUUAAGUAAAAUGUAAAUGUGUGUUUUGAAAUAUAACCUAAAUACCACUGACCGGUUAGAUUACUGUUACGAUUGUGCAAUUACUAAGAAAUAAAUAUUACUUGAUAAAAAACAAAGUAAAAAA